ACCCUAUUCUUUCUUCCCUAUUUGCAUCGCAUUUGUUCUUGAAUCUCCUUCGUAUUCUCUCCCAACGCCGCUGCGGCUUAGAGAGAGAAAGAGAGAAAGAAUGUUCCAUUCCAAGAAGCCCUCAACUAUGAAUUCCCACGAUAGACCCAUGUGUGUUCAAGGGGACUCUGGUCUUGUACUCACCACAGACCCCAAGCCUCGUCUUCGUUGGACGGUUGAGCUUCACGAACGCUUCGUCGAUGCUGUUACUCAGCUUGGAGGACCAGACAAGGCGACGCCGAAGACAAUCAUGAGGGUUAUGGGUGUGAAGGGACUUACUCUUUACCACCUCAAGAGCCAUCUUCAGAAAUUUCGGCUUGGAAAGCAACCUCACAAGGAAUUCAAUGAUCACUCCAUAAAGGAUGCUCCGGGACUUGAUCUUCAGCGAAGCUCAGCAUCUUCUUCUGGCAUGAUGAGUCGCAGCGCCAUGAAUGAGAUGCAAAUGGAAGUGCAGAGAAGACUACACGAACAAUUGGAGGUGCAGAGACACCUGCAGUUGAGGAUUGAAGCUCAGGGAAAAUACAUGCAAUCCAUCUUGGAAAAAGCAUGUCAAACCCUAGCUGGUGAAAACGUGGCGUCUGGAAGCUACAAGAGCAUAGGAAAUCAAGGAGUUCCCGACAUGGGUGCGAUGAAAGAUUUCAGCCAUGCCCUUAGCUUUCCGCCAUUUCAAGACCUCAAUCUGUAUGGAAACGACCAACUUGAUCUUCACCACAACAUGGACAGGCCGUUGCUCGAUGGAUUCCUGCAAAAUAACGAUAGCAUUUGUCUGGGGAAGAAAAGGCCGAGCCCUUACGGUGGUAGCAGCAAGAGUCCAUUGCUGUGGCCCGACGAGCUACGCCUGCAAGACCUGGGAACAGCGCCGUCAUGUCUUGGACCUCAAGAUGAUCCUUUCAAAGGAGAUCAGAUUCAAAUGGCAGCGCCAUCCAACACUCACGAGCUCGAUACCAUGCCGGAGAUUUACGAAGCAAAGCCAGUUCUCUCCGGUGAUGGAAUGAAUGAUCAGAAGAAAUUUGAACCAGCACCGAAGCUGGAAAGGUCAUCACCAAGAAGGGCGCCGCCUCUUACUGAGAGGAUGAACCCUUUGAUGAAUACUGGAACACAGGGGAGGAACUCACCAUUUGGGUGAAUUAAGAAUUUUAACUUAGACGUAAGUGACUUAAUUUGAUAUUAAUUAUGCUCUCCAAAUUUUUCAUAAAAGAAAUAUGAUAAAUUAAGUGGUGAGUAGUUUUUAUGUUAGGGUUUCAUGGUCUAGAGUAUGAUAAAAAUGCCAUGCAGGGCAGGGCAAACUUUUUUUUUUUUUUUUAGUUAAGUGAAUUGGUAU